GAAAGACAUUAAUCUCAUCACAAUCAUUAUCAUUUCUUUGUUUUAACAGUGAAUAUAUAUAUAUAAUUUCCAUCAACUCCGCGAAAAGAUGAGUUCCAGCCAUUCAGCAACUUCCACCACUAGAAGGCUAGAAGGCAAGGUAGCAUUGAUAACCGGUGGCGCAAGUGGAAUUGGGGAGAGCACCGCCAGGCUAUUUGUCCAACAUGGAGCCAAGGUACUGAUUGCAGAUGUCCAAGAUGAGCUUGGACAUGCCCUCUGCCAAGAAUUUAGCUACCAAGAAACUUUCUCUUAUGUCCAUUGCGAUGUAACUAAUGAAUCAGAUGUCAAAAACGCUGUGGAUACAGCUGUCUCCAAGUAUGGAAAGCUCGAUAUCAUGUUCAACAAUGCUGGAAUUGGAGGCAAAGCAGAAUCGGGAAUAUUGACUUCCACUAAUGAAAAUUUUAAGAGGGUAUUUGAUGUGAAUGUGUUCGGUUCCUUCUUGGGCGCCAAGCAUGCUGCCAGAGUGAUGAUCCCAGCCAAGAAAGGGUGCAUACUCUUCACAUCUAGUGGGGCUUCAGUUUGUUAUAUGGAUACUGCAUCCAAUGCAUAUACAGCAUCAAAAAAUGCAGUAGUGGGGCUUGCCAAGAACUUAUGCGUGGAGUUGGGGCAAUAUGGGAUAAGGGUUAACAGUAUUUCACCAUUUGGUGUUGCAACCCCAUUGUUUACAAAAAGUCUGAAGUUGGGGAAGAAGGAGGCUGAAGAGUUAAUUUCGUCCACUGGGAAUUUGAAAGGGGUGGUUUUAGAACCAGAAGAUAUAGCAGAGGCAGCCUUGUAUCUAGCAAGUGACGAGUCCAAGUAUGUGAGUGGGAUCAACUUGGUGGUUGAUGGUGGCUACAGUCUUACCAAUCCCACCCUUCCGAAUGCACUCAAAAGUCUAUUUUCUUAAGAUGGCGUCUUAACCACGCAAUUUCGAUAAAGGGUUUUUUUUUUUCUUCAUAAUUAUUUCUGGACGCUGCUUCUCAAGUUGACUGUGAUAUUAUGCUUAUAAUAGUGACAUGAUAUUAUCAAUGAGUUUCAGGUCAACUCAAUUUGAUAUUAGAGUAUUUUUAAUAAAUAAACCCCUGUUGAUUUGUAUGUUUUUAUACUAAUUUAAUUUGUAUUCAGUAGACAAAAUCUUACCGAUUUAUAUGACUACAUAUAUAUAUAUACAUUUGGUUUAAAUAUAUAUUUUUUAUUUUAUUUUAUUUUAUUUUCAACUUUUUUGUAUAAUUUCUCCCUGUUGGAUGAUCCCUUUUCAAAGAAAAAACUGCAACUUUGAUGGAUGUGUCAGGAGAUCUAAAUUAAUUA